CUUGAAUAGUUAUCGAUGGUUCUAUCGAUAGUGUCUAUGUGCAUGGUAAAACAGUUUAAAUUAGAGGCAACACCUCGAAUUUAGUGCAAUUAUGGCUUUAAAAAUUAAUUAUAAAUUCUGAACUCGAACUAUACAAAAUAUGAUUGUACAUUGGAGCUAAGUGUGUACCUUACUCGUGACCUUCUUCAACGUCAAAACAGAAAACUGGUUGAAUUCUAAGCUUGUGUCUGUAUAUGUUGCUGUCAUCACUGUAAUUAAAAAAGAAGAAUACGCUAAAUAAAAUGAAUUAUUAAUUAGGAACACUUUAUGUAUAUGAAUACGUCAUUGUGGAAAACUGUGAAUGUACCAAAAUGCUUACAUGUAAGGUUUUUUAGAGGAAACAUUCUUCAUAUAUAUGUAUGUACAUACAAACGGAGUUCAUAUUAAACAAACACAUAUAUAAGCAGUAAGAGAAAAAAACCAAUUAAACAAACACGUAUAUAAAAAAAAACAAUUAAACGUUAAGUGGUUGUUCUAAAUGCAAAAAAUGGAUCUAUUGUGUUCGGAAAGUCUUGUAUGUGAUUCAGAUUUGUCAUUGUAUCGCAUUAACAAACAAACACUUGCUGCGCCCAAAAUCAGGACUGAUCUCGCCUCGAUAUGCCCCUCUAUUACUUCUACUGGUGCUGGUAACGACGCAAUCGCAGUUUCAAGUCAACCCAACGUCUCGCCUAAUUCCGUCGUAUGCAAAAGGAGUGAAAUUGUUUAUAUAUAUACAGCAGAUUCAUUAAUCACACAAAACCAAUCACUCCAACUUCAAGAACAAGGUAUUAAGGAAAGAUUUACUCGCAGCUGCAGCAAGGAGCCUUCGGCUCUUCGACCUCAAGAGUGGCAGACUAAAUCCGACUCACGCGGUACAGAUCAUGUCAAUACGGCUAUUGGAGAUCCUACUUUUAAAUCAGAUCGAUGUCUGGAAAAUGUGUUGAAAACUGAGGAAAAACACCAAAAUAUAGUCGAUACAUAUUUUAUAACUGUGCAAAGAGAUAUAACUCCGGCAAUGCGUAAAAUUGUCGCUGAGUGGAUGAUGGAAGUAUGUGCCGAAGAAAACUGCCAGGAAGAGGUCGUAUUACUGGCAUUGAAUUACAUGGAUCGCUUUCUUUCAACUAAAUCAGUACGCAAGACCCAUCUUCAAAUUUUAGCUGCUGCCUGUCUUUUACUUGCUUCAAAACUUCGGGAACCCAGCUGUCGUGCACUCUCCGUGGAAUUACUAGUCGUUUAUACGGACAACAGCAUAUACAAGGAUGAUUUAAUUAAAUGGGAACUGUACGUGCUAAGCCGACUGGGAUGGGACCUUUCAUCUGUGACCCCCUUGGACUUUCUUGAUCUUUUAAUUAGACGAGUGCCAAUAAAUAUUACAAAAAUCCCUGAUAUAAGCUUUGCUAAAGUUAGACAACAUGCUCAGGCCUUUAUAUCGAUGGCAGCCAAAGAACAUCAAUUUGCAAAGUACCCAGCUAGCACAAUAGCAGCAUCGAGUAUAGCCGCUUCAAUGAGUGGGCUAAAAUGGCAUCUACGCACAGGCCAUAAUCUUCCCUUUUUAUUAGGUCUACUUACGGACUUAACCAGCAUCGAACAAGUUCAACUGCAAGAGUGUAUGUUGCAUAUGGAGACCAUUUUUGAAGAGCACAGUCGCAACCUACAGCCGUUUUUUGUUGACAUUGAACCUCCUAACUCUGCAAAAAUGUACUGCCAGAGACGUUAUCAGACUCAUCCAAACCAGCAAUAUCAUCAGCAGCGCCCGCAACGCACGAGGCAAAUGCCAAUACCCUCCUUAACAUUUACUACUGCUGACGCCAACGCUGAUAAAAAUUGCUUUAAGGCUACCCUACCCUAUCGGACGCAAACAUUUAAGAUUCUAGGGCAGGCUAAAAAUGAGUUACAAGACAUACAAUUUUGAGAAAAGUAUUUUUUGAGCCAAUAUACUAAAUAUUAGUAUUUAAAUAUAUAUUAGUUUCCUCCAA